AUGGCAGUUCUAGUCUAUGUAGACGACAUUGUUAUUGCCAGUAACAAUGAUGAAGCUGUGGAUCAGCUGAAGAAUGCUUUGAAACAGAGUUUCAAACUGCGUGAUCUUGGUCCUCUUCGGUAUUUCCUUGGUCUUGAAAUUGCUCGAGCAAGCCAUGGAAUAUCAAUUUGUCAAAGGAAGUAUAUCUUGGAGCUUCUAGAUGAAACAGGGCCACUUGCUUGUAAACCAUCUACAAUACCUAUGGAUCCAAGUAUCAAACUCCGAGCGGAUAGUAAAGAACCACUACUUUCUGAUCCUGGCUUAUACAGAAGAUUGGUGGGUAAGAUGAUGUACUUGACAAUAACACGUCCUGAUAUUACCUUUGCUGUCAACAAGUUAUGUCAGUUCUCAUCUGCUCCCACCGCUACUCAUCUCAAAGCUGCGUAUAAGGUUCUUCACUAUCUGAAAGGUAUUGUUGGCAAAGGAUUGUUCUAUUCAGCUACUUCUGAUUUAGUCUUGAAGGUUUUCACAGAUGCAGACUGGGGUUCUUCUGCUGAUACUCGACGCUCUACCUCUGGAUAUUGUAUGUUUCUUGGAUCAUCUUUGAUCUCGUGGAAGUCCAAGAAACAAAAUACAGUAUCUCACUCAUCGGCUGAAUCAGAAUAUCGUGCUAUGGAGUUUGCAGUACGAGAAACAGUAUGGGUGGUUAAUAUUCUCAAAGAGUUCACGGCGCCACAACAUCAACCUGUGGCUUUCUUUUGUGAUUCAACCGCAGCAAUUCACAUUGCCAACAACGCGCUUGUUAAGCAAGAUGUCAUUCUCUUCGAUAUACAUGCCAUCUUGAGGUAUUAG